CGCGGCCUUUCUGGGGGCUCCUGGGAGCAUGAGCCUGGCCCCGCUGCCACAGCCGACCUGGGCUUGAGGAGCUUGCAGCCGCCUCUCGAGUCUGCGUCGGGCGCCGGCGCUUCCGUGCGAGUGGACGGCGCGCGCCUCGCGGGGCCCGGGUGGCGGGCGGGCGCAGGCCGGAGCGCGGGCACCUCGCUGCUCCGCCCGCCGCCGCCGCCGCCGAGGAGGAGGACCCGCUGCGGAGACUCCGGCCGCUCGGGCCGCUCGCGUCGGUGCUUUCUUGGGGCUCCUGAGCGAGACAGGAAUCCUAAACACGGUUGUUCAUGCUGCAGAGAACGUCCGUGUGCCAAGCGAAAACUGAGAAGGAAGGGAUGGCUAUGGAUUUGCUGCCUGCUCAGGUGACAGCUUUGCCAUUUCAGGAGCCCGUGACCUUCAGGGAUGUGGCUGUGCUCUUCAGCCAGGACGAGUGGCUGCAGCUGGGCCCUGAUCAGAGACGCUUGUACCGGGAGGUCAUGCUGGAGAACUACAGCAACCUGGUCUCCCUGGGAAUUCCAGUUUCAACACCUUCAGUGAUUUGCCAGUUGCAGCGAGGAGAAGAUCCCUGCACAGCGGAAAGAGAAGGGCCUGCGGACACCUGUACAGAUUUCAACACUUGGCCUGACAUAGAAGCAGUGCCUAUUAGACAGGAAAUUUUUAUUGAAGAAACAUCUCAUGGAAUAAUAAAGAAAAAAUCCUCUAAGUAUGGUUCUUGGGACAUUGACUUUGGAGAAACUGUGGCUCCUGAGGGCAAGAUACUACAGGAGCAACAAAAGAAACCCCUUAGGCAAGUGGCACCUUCACCCAAGAAAACUGUCCGUGAGGAUGGGAAACCCACAAGUCUGGAACUGGGGAAGAGCUCAUUUAUAAACACAGUUCAUGUUUCACAACAGAGUGUUCCUGUAGAGAUGAUACCCAGUAUGUAUUACACUUUCAGGAAAGAUUUUACACAGAAUUUUGAUUUAAUGAGAUAUUUCCAGAUUUACCCAGGAGGAAAACCUCUUGUCUGUCAUGAGUGUGGGGAAAGCUUCAGCCAGAGUCUUCACCUUCUUGAACACCAGAGAAUCCAUACUGGUGAGAAACCAUACAAGUGUAACGAGUGUGGGAAGGCCUUUAGCCACCGGUCAUCCCUUCUCACACAUCAGAGAAUCCACACUGGGGAGAAACCAUACAAGUGUAAUGAGUGUGCAAAAGCAUUCAGCAGCAGUUCCACCCUCAUUAAGCAUCUGAGAGUACAUACGGGAGAGAAGCCCUACUGCUGCAGGGAGUGUGGGAAAGCCUUUAGCCAGUGUUCUACACUCACUGUGCACCAGAGGAUUCACACUGGAGAGAAGCUCUAUAAAUGUACUGAAUGUGAGAAGGCCUUCAACUGUAGAGCAAAGCUUCAUAGGCAUCAAAGAAUCCACACAGGCGAGAAACCGUAUAAAUGUAGUGAGUGUGGAAAAGGUUACAGCCAGUUUCCAUCCCUCAUGGAACACCAGAGACUCCAUACUGGAGAACAGCUGUGUCAGUGUUUGGAGUGUGGGAGAACCUUCACGCGCGUCUCCACAUUUAUUGAACACCAGCGAAUUCAUACCGGACAGAAACCUCACCAAUGUCAUGCAUGUGGGAAAACCUUUAACCAGUUCUCAUCCUUUAAUGAGCAUCGGAAAAUCCAUACUGGGGAAAAGCUUUACACAUGUCAAGAAUGUGGUAAAGCCUUUGGCUGCAAAUCCAACCUUUGUAGGCAUCAGAGAAUCCACACUGGAGAGAAACCGUAUCAGUGUAACCAGUGUGGAAAGGCAUUCAGCCAGUGUUCAUUCCUAACUGAACAUGAGAGAAUCCAUACUGGAGAGAAACUCUAUAAGUGUAUGGAAUGUGGGAAAGCCUACAGUUACAGAUCAAACCUUUGUAGGCACAAAAAAGUCCACAAUAAAGAGAGACUCUAUAAAUGGAAGGAAUAUGGGAAGCCUUUCAUCUAUGGCUCCUCUCUUCACUUUCAAUAAAAAUUUCCUGUAUCAGAAAUUUCUGAAAGGAGAUAAACCUAUGAGCUUUAAUUUAUUUAAUAGUCCAAGACUUCUCACUAGGCAGUGAUCAGUAUAAUAAUAAAUAGAGCACAAAUUCCUAAUUCAGUCCUUUUUACUUCUACAGGAAAAAAAGCUUGUUAAUAUUAAGAUCAGUUUAUCCGUGAAAAUAUGAAGAACACUGACUUGUCAAAUUCUAUAAGCACUAUUCUAAAGACAGUUCAAAUUCAUAGAAAAAUGUUAAAGUCUUUACUUUGUAGAAAAGCAUAAAUAGUUGGAUGUGUUUUACUUCAGACUCUAUUCUCUUAAGAGCAAGCUUCAAUAUGUGAAUUUUCUAGACUGGGCGUAGUGGCAUGCGCCUGUAAUCCCAGCUCUUGGGAGGCUGUAAGCAGGCCGAUCACUACAAAUCUGAUCGAGUAGACCCUGAACACCCUGUAGUCUCUUCCCUAAAAUACAAAAAACAAAAACAAACCAACUAAGUAGUCAUUGAAUUAAUGUGAAUAAAUGUGGGGCCUCAUUUCCUAAAUUGGCAGGCUGACUUAGGAAGUGUUCCUUUUUCACAAAGAUGAUGAGGAUACAAGAGUUCUUUAAGUUUAACUCUACAUAGAAAUAGUAGAGCUGUGUGAUAAAUUGCCCCCUGAGCGCUGUCUACACACACAUGUAUGUACAUGUACAGUCAUGUUGCUCGAUGGGGAUGUGUGUUAAGGUGCCAUUGGGCACUUUGAGCAUUGUGCACUUGGAUGAUCUAGGUUGUCGCUGCACGUGCCUUCUUGAUGCCACCAGCAGGUAUGACAGAAUGUGGGCCUGCUCCAAGUAACAUGCAGCAUAGAGUUUUAUAGGCUUUCUUUGCUAUGUAGAAGACAUAUGUUCUACAAUGAUGAUAAAAAUGUAGUAUAGUAAGUACAGACACCAGUAAUGUGUUUAUCAUCAUGCUCAAGUAUCAUGUGCUGUGCUUUUACUGACCGGCAACCUAGUAGGUCUGUUUGUACCAACAUUACAACAAAUGAGUGGUUGGGGUUAGUGCUGUAUGGAGACAUUGUGACAGUUUGUCAUGAUAGCUGUGAUGUCACUAAAUAAUGGGAAUUUUUCAGUUCUAUUACUGACCAAAAACAUGGUUAUGUAGGACAUGACUGUACAAUGCAUGCAUAUAUGUGUCUCUUUGUAUAUAUGUACAUACAUGUGCACAGAGCUGUGCAUAAAAAUUCUCAUAAGUCCUAGAUUUAAAAAUAUAGUAAUUUGUAGUUUAGUUUUAAGAUUUGGCUCAACGGGAGCCUUUUCCUUUUGCUUUCCUCUAUUUUCUUAGUCUGAUGUAGUUCUAUGUAGCUAAGUAGAGUCUUAAAAUAUUAGAGAUGAUAAAUGAAGCCAGUAGAACGACUGUCAUGCAAAUACUUUGUCAUCUGUUGCAGAAGAUAAAUAUUUGAUAGAGUAGAAUAGGUGUGCACCUGGUAGAGCUGACUUAGUUUAAUUAUAGCCUUUCAUUUUGUUAGUGAAGUAAAGUUGGUUGGGUGGCAGAAUCAAGUCUUUAGCUCUGGUGUGCUGUUAUAACUACAGGUUGAUUUCCAUUGUCAAGUCUCAAAGAGGACUAUUUGUCUUGUAACUGGUUAGAUUCCAUUGCAGUAGCUUAACCAGUUACCUUUUCAUCUUAGAGGGUUUCCCCCCACUUUAAUCUUAAUUGACUUACAAUCAUAUUCCUUUUCUUACAAGUCUCUGACUACUUGUGCCCUUAACAACUACUUAAAUCCUUACACCUGGCUAAGGCUCAGAUGGUGUAGUUGCUUUGAAGCAUCUCCCAUUCAUAAAGCUGCCUUUUAAAUUGCACAUCUUUUAGGAAAUGUUUUUUAAAUGUGUUUAGUACAGGGUCCUGCUAUGCAGCUUGGACUCAUAGUGAUCC